CCAUAAUCGGAUUGGUGGUUGCCGAGGUGAUCUAUUCCACCACAAUCCUCUCAAGAGACUGUUGGUCUCCAGUCCAUUGCUUGGAAGAUCAGAUCUGACCAACAUGAGGCUGUCGAAUCUUCACCUUCUGGUCGUGGCAGCCCUUGCAUGGCCGAGCUUGGUAUCAAUGGCACUGGCGUUCUCGAGAGCUGAUUACGCAGACGCGCUGGACAAGUCCAUCAUUUUCUUCGACCUUCAACGAUCGGGGAGGCUCCCAAGCUGGCAGCGGCUCAGGUGGAGGGGGAAUUCGGCACUAAACGAUGGCCGCUCCAACAAUGUUGAUUUGAGUGGAGGGUACUACGACGCGGGAGACAACGUUAAGUUCGGGCUUCCAAUGGCAUUCAGCGUCUCCAUGUUGUCUUGGGGAGCGGUGGAGUUUGGCGAUGCGUUGAGGAUGACCGGGCAGCGGGGGAACACACUGAAUGCCAUCCGUUGGGGUACAGAUUAUCUACUAAAAGCCAGUGCGCGUCCCAAUGAGCUCUGGGUGCAGGUUGGCGAUCCCAACAGUGACCACCAGUGCUGGCAGAGACCAGAGGAGAUGGACACGCCCCGAAAUGCAUACAAAGUGGACGCGGUCCGCCCUGGAUCCGAUGUCGCUGGUGAGACGGCCGCUGCGCUAGCCUCGGCCUCGAUUGCGUUUCGGGACAUCGACAAUGCCUAUUCUGCGCGCCUCCUCUCCAGGGCCAGACAAGUGUUCGCCUUCGCGGAUAGAUACCGAGGCAAGUACAGCGACGUGCUCGGAGGAGUGGUGUGCCCCUUCUACUGCUCCUACUCGGGGUACAUGGAUGAGCUCGUGUGGGGCGCCGCAUGGUUGUAUAGGGCUACCCGUGAGAAUGGCUAUCUGAAAUACCUGAUUCGCAACGGCAAUGCCCUCGGUGGCAGCACACAGUCUGUCAACCAGUUCAGCUGGGACAACAAAUACGCUGGAGCGCAAGUGCUGCUUGCUCAGUUUGUUAUGCAAGGCGUGAACGGGCUGCAAGGAUAUAAUGACCGCGCGGAUAGCUACAUUUGCGCCGUGUUGCCACGGAGCAUCAGUUGGAGCUCCCAAUUGCAGUUUUCACCGGGUGGUAUGUUGUACACAAUGGGCCAACUUAACAUGCAGUAUGUGACAAGUUCCAGUUUCCUGCUCACAACGUACGCACGAUAUCUCUCUGCAGCGCGGAGAACUGUGAACUGCGGAGGGCGCCAGGUAACCGCUGCCCAGCUCUUUUCCGCAGCCCAGCGGCAGGUGGACUACAUGCUGGGGCGUAACCCGAGGGGCUUGUCCUACAUGAUCGGCUUUGGGAGAAAUCCCACACGAGUGCACCAUCGCGCAGCAUCGCUGCCCUCUAUCAGAACUAGCCCCCAGAAGAUCGAGUGCAAACUAGGUUUCAACUGGUUCAACUCGUGGAAUCCGAAUCCCAACGUCGCCACGGGAGCUGUGAUUGGUGGUCCCGACCAGGGCGAUAACAUCUACGAUUCCCGCAGCAACUACGCUCAAAUGGAGCCCGCGACUUAUGUCAAUGCUCCUGUUGUUGGUGUGUUGAGUGAGCUUGCUGUUGGUCGCCGCUAUUGACAUCCAUGAUCAUUAAACCCACGCCGCCAAACCAUCACAAAGAAAAGAAAUCUUCCUGUUCACUUGUUCGUCGACUCCCAUCCCCAAAGAAGAAUGGACAUCUGUGGAGUAAAGGUACUCUGCUCCUGGUAUCCAACAACAUUCCCAACAAAAAUAUUCUACCUCAAAUAUCUAUACUGUUACAGUUGUGGAGAAGAUCAGAGGAUGCUUCCUUCAGCUCCCGGCUUCUCUAAGUCUUUUACCAUAUCAAUAUCUCAACAUCUAUAGCGCUCCGAUGUGAAAACCCCCCGGCUACAUGGAUUAGUUCAGGAGGGUAGUUCCAGACGUUAAUCUCGACUUACGUGUGUUCCAGUAUGUAACUAAGAAUUGGGCAAGAUCCAUCUAAGAAUUCGUAAGCUCCAACCGU